CGCGCUCGUUACACGACGCCGCGCCUGGCGCCAUUUUGUCAGCUUGGGUACGCAGCGCGGCUGGCGUUUGGGUGGUCCGUUCUGAGGCCCCCCAUACCGUGUCACUCCGCUGCAGGCCCGCGUUACAGCCUCAGGUUGGAUCCGGGAAGCGGUCCCGGCCCGGCCGGCGGAGGGGGCGGCGGUGGCGGCGGCGGCGGCAGGAUGAGCGCGGAGGCUGCGGACCGGGAGGCGGCCACCUCCAGCCGGCCCCGCACCCCGCCCCAGACGUGCUGGUUCGAGUUCCUGCUGGAGGAAUCGCUGCUGGAGAAGCAUCUGCGUAAGCCCUGCCCGGAUCCUGCACCAGUUCAGCUGAUAGUUCUGUUUUUGGAACAGGCUUCUAAACCUUCAAUUAAUGAACAGAACCAGGUUCAACCUCCAGCUGAUAACAAGAGAAAUCGAAUUUUAAAACUUCUUGCUCUUAAAGUUGCUGCUCAUUUGAAAUGGGAUUUAGACAUAUUAGAGAAAAGCUUGUCAGUUCCUGUUCUAAAUAUGUUACUGAAUGAACUGCUGUGUAUCAGUAAAGUUCCUCCAGGGACAAAACAUGUAGAUAUGGAUCUAUCUACUUUACCUCCAACUACUACCAUGGCUAUUCUACUCUACAAUAGAUGGGCAAUUAGAACAGUUGUUCAAAGUAGCUUCCCCAUCAGACAGGUGAAACCUGGACCUCCCCAACUGAGUGUUAUGAAUCAAAUGCAGCAAGAGAAGGAGUUAACAGAAACCAUUUUGAAAGUGAUUUCCAACUGCAAUCCUAUUCAUCCUUCAAUAUCCAGAUUAAAUUCAGCCUCCUCCAUUUUUGGUCUAAAAGAACAGGCUGCUGAUUCUAUUCUAGUGUUAGAGGCAGCAUUGAAACUAAACAAGGAUCUUUAUGUCCAUACAAUGAGAACACUGGAUUUAUUGGCUAUGGAACCAGGUAUGGUAAAUGGAGAAACUGAGAGUUUAUCAGCUGGAUUAAUAAUAAAAACUGAGGAGAUGCAAUGCCAGGUGUGUUAUGAUUUGGGUGCAGUUUACUUCCAACAAGGUUCUACAAAUUCAGCUGUCUAUGAAAAUGCAAGAGAAAAAUUUUUCAGGACCAAAGAAUUGAUUUCAAAGAUAGGCUCAUUAUCUCUUCAUUGCUCCAUAGAUGAGAAACGGUUAGCUGGCUAUUGUCAGGCUUGUGAUGUUCUUGCUCCUUCUGAUAACACAUCACAGCAGUCAACUUCAUAUAGUCAAAUCCAUAUCUGUAUGAGAUCAGGCAACUAUCAGGAGGUGAUAAAUAUAUUCCUUGAAGAUAAUCUAACGCUGAGUUUGCCUGUUCAGUUCAGGCAGUCAGUGCUAAGAGAACUUUACCAGAAAGCUCAGCAAGGAAAUGAAGCUUUAGAUGAAAUCUAUUUCAAAGUUUCUGCCUGUAAUACAGUACGUGAUAUACUUGAGGGUAGAACAAUUAGUGUUCAGUUUAACCAGCUAUUUCUUCGACCUAACAAAGAGAAAAUAGACUUCCUUCUUGAGGUAUGUUCAAAGUCAAUAAACUUGGAACAAACUUCAGAUACUUUGAAAGGAAACAUGGCUGCUUUUCUAAAAAAUCUCUGCUUGGGAUUGGACGAUCUUCAGUUUGUCUUUAUGAUUUCUUCUCAUGAACUCUUCAUUACAUUGUUGAAAGAUGAUGAACAGAAGCUACUUAUAGAACAGAUGAGGAAAAGAUCACCUAGAGUAAAUCUGUGCACCAAACCUGUAACUUCAUUUUAUGAUAUUCCAGCUUCAGCAAGUGUCAACAUUGGACAGUUGGAGCAUCAGCUUAUAUUAUCAGUGGAUCCUUGGAGAAUUCGCCAGAUUUUAAUAGAAUUACAUGGCAUGACUUCAGAACGCCAGUUUUGGACGGUAUCUAGUAAGUGGGAAGUGCCAGGUGUUUAUAGUAGUGUCAUUCUGGCAAUUAAAGAUGGUUUAACGAGAGAUUUGGUUUACAUUCUUAUGGCAAAGGGCUUACACUGCAGUAUUGUUAAGGAUUUUGUUCAUGCUAAACAACUGUUUGCUGCUUGUCUGGAGUUGGUGACAGAAUUCUCCCCAAAGCUCCGUCAAGUAAUGCUAAAUGAGAUGCUGCUCUUGGACAUUCACACACAUGAAGCUGGACCAGGGCAAUCAGGGGAGCGUCCCCCUUCUGACCUCAUCAGCAGGGUCCGUGGAUAUCUGGAAAUGAGGCUUCCUGAUAUCCCUCUCCGACAAGUUGUGGCAGAGGAGUGUGUUGCCUUUUUGUUAAAUUGGCGAGAAAAUGAAUACCUGACUCUUCAAGUUCCUGCCUUCCUGCUUCAAAGUAACCCAUAUGUGAAGAUGGGACAGCUUUUGGCAGCUACAUGCAAAGAACUCCCAGGCCCUAAAGAAAGUACUCAGAUGGCUAAAGAUCUUUGGGAAGUAGUGGUUCAGAUCUGUAGUAUAUCCAGUCAGCAUAAGCGAGGCAACGAUGGGAGAAUUAGUUUAAUAAAGCAGAGGGAAUCUACAUUGGGUAUUAUGUACAGAAGUGAACUGCUCUCUUUUAUCAAAAAGCUACGGGAACCAUUGGUUUUGACUACAAUAUUAUCUUUGUUUGUGAAACUUCAUAAUGUUCGGGAGAACUUUGUGAAUGAGAUUACAGCUGAGCACAUUUCUAUUUGGCCUUCUUCCAUUCCCAACCUUCAGUCAGUGGACUUUGAAGCUGUGGCUGUUACUGUGAAAGAGUUGGUUCGUUAUGCACUUACUAUAAACUCAAACAAUCAUUCCUGGUUAAUUAUUCAGGCAGAUAUUUAUUUUGCCACAAACCAGUAUUCAGCAGCUCUUCAUUAUUACCUUCAAGCUGGAGCUGUGUGUUCUGAUUUCUUUAAUAAAGCUGUGCCACCAGAUGUUUACACAGACCAGGUCAUAAAACGAAUGAUAAAAUGUUGUUCCUCUCUGAAUUGCCAUACACAGGUAGCAAUUUUAUGUCAGUUCCUUAGAGAAGUUGACUAUAAAACAGCAUUUAAGUCACUACAGGAACAAAAUAGUUACGAUGCCAUGGACUCCUAUUAUGAUUACAUAUGGGAUGUUACCAUUUUGGAAUAUUUGACAUAUCUACAUCAUAAAAGAGGAGAAACAGAUAAAAGACAAAUUGUGAUAAAAGCCAUUGGACAGACAGAACUGAAUAUGAGUAAUCCUGAAGAAGUAUUACAGCUUGCAGCCCAGAGAAGAAAGAAGAAAUUUCUCCAAGCAAUGGCAAAACUUUACUUUUAAAGAAAUGUUCUCAUUCAAAAAAAAUCUUCUUAAAAACCUUCAAUUUCACCGGAGGACCACCCUUCACUACUCUGGCAAAAGGUACCAUCCAUUCUACACAUUCUGAAAUGUUGUCCCACUCUAAACCUGUGGAUCAAAAGGAAAAUGUAUAGUUCACAUUACAGAAAAACAGUUUUUCCUUUAAAAUAUACGUUUGUGUGUGUGAUGCUUUGCCUCAUCUUCUGGAACUUAAGAUAUAUGAGCUUUCUUCCCCUUCUCUGCCUUAUUAUUUGAUCCCCAAGUUUAAUGUCUAUAUCUCUCUGUAUCUCACUGUAUUUGGAAAGAAAAAGAUACUGUUUAUUCAUCUUGCCUGUGGUAUUAUGCCAAUAUCUAAAUGUGAAUUGGGAGGUGAUGGUUAGCAACAUUAGCGGCAGUUUAUGUGAUCAACUUUUAGAUUUUAGUAAUGGCAACUGAUUUUAUGUUAGCCACGUCUAGACAAUAUACUCAUUUUGUAUUGCUGCUUUGUAUGCCUUGGAAUCAUGACUGAGACAUGUCAGAGAUUUAGACUAAUUACAGUUAAAAACAUCUAAAGACAACUGGCUAGUUUUCAAAGUGCAAGCCAAGUUUUCAGCAUAACAUACAAAUAAAUUUUCAUAUCUGUACUGUU